CUCGCCAAUUUGCUCACCAUUUCAUUCCGCAUUCAUUCCCUUACCUUUUCACAGGCAACUGAACACGGUGCAACUGAAAAAUUUCGAAAAAAAGUGGUCGUGUCUUUCGUAGACUCAUCCACCACCGAAUUCAGAAGCCAAAAUGGGUCCCAAAUUUGAUCCCAAUGAAGUUAAAGUUGUUCACUUGAGAUGUGUUGGAGGAGAAGUAGGUGCCACUUCCUCACUGGCUCCAAAGAUUGGUCCACUCGGUUUGUCCCCAAAGAAGGUGGGUGAUGACAUCGCAAAAGCUACUGGUGAUUGGAAAGGGCUCAAGAUCACAGUCCGUUUGACAAUUCUGAAUCGUCAAGCCACCAUCUCUGUUGUCCCUUCUGCAGCCUCCAUGAUUAUCAAGGCAUUGAAGGAACCACCACGUGAUAGGAAGAAGGUUAAGAACAUUAAACACAAUGGCAACAUCACCUUUAACGACAUCUUGACCAUUGCUAAAGCCAUGAAAGAGCGCUCCAUGGCGAAAAAGUUGGAGGGUACCGUGAAGGAAGUGCUAGGAACUGCACAGUCCAUCGGUUGCACAAUUGAUGGCAAAGAUCCUCAUGAUAUCAUUGAUGCUAUUAAUGAUGGCGAAAUUGAUGUUCCAGAAAAUUAAGCUAGAUAAUUACUUUUUUUAAGUAAUAAAUAAAGCUGACUAUCCAGCUAAACCAUAAAAUAA